AUUAUUUAAAGAAAUUGAAACUCCUCCCAUUUUCUAAUUCAACUUCAUAUCCCAUUGUUAAGACUCUUCUGUUUGUUUUUUUUCUUUAGUUCACAAAAGUGGGAAGAGAAAAAAGAGAGAAAACAACACAGAAAAAAUGGAGCUUUCUCAACUUGGUUUUCUUGAGGAGCUACUAGCUCCAAGAAAAGACACAUGGAAUGCUUUAUCACCUGGUUUGAAUGAACUACUACUCCCUAAUGGUUGGAACUUUGACUCAUUUGAUGAAAAUCUUCUCAUAAAUCCAUCUUUAAAUCCAUCAUUUGCUUCAUUCUCAACACCAUUAGACCAUAGAUUUGAAUGUCCUUAUGGAACUGAUGCUGCUUCAGCAUCAUACCCUUUUGUUGAUGGGUUUUCAGUGCCAGAGCUUGAUGAUUCAGCACCAAUUUUACCUCAUGAAAGUGUUGAAGAGUUUGGUUUUGUUGGAAGUGAGAACAAGAGUUUGGAACAAGGUGAAAUUAGUUGCAAAGUUGAGGAACAAGUGAGUGAGAUUCCUGUUUUUAAUAUGGGUUUGUGUGGUGAGAAAAAAGCUAAGUCUAAAAGGGUUGAAGGACAGCCUUCAAAGAAUCUUAUGGCUGAAAGAAGGAGAAGAAAGAGGUUGAAUGAUAGACUUUCCAUGCUUAGGUCAAUUGUCCCUAAAAUCAGCAAGAUGGACAGGACAUCAAUUCUUGGAGAUACAAUUGAUUACAUGAAAGAGCUUCUAGAAAGGAUUAAUAAGUUGCAAGAAGAAAUGGAUGAAGAAGGAACAAAUCAAAUAAACCUUUUGGGAAUUUCUAAAGAGUCAAAGCCAAAUGAAGUAAUGGUAAGAAAUUCCCCCAAGUUUGAUGUUGAGAGGAGAGACCAAGACACAAGGAUUAGUAUAUGCUGUGCUACAAAGCCAGGAUUAUUACUAUCAACUGUGAACACAUUGGAAGCAUUAGGCCUUGAGAUUCAUCAGUGUGUUAUAAGCAGUUUCAAUGAUUUUUCAUUGCAAGCAUCUUGCUCAGAGGUAAAUGGUCAGAGAAAUUGUAUGAAUCCUGAAGAGAUAAAGCAAUCCCUAUUCAGGAAUGCAGGUUAUGGUGGGAGAUGUCUCUAGGAAAAAUGAUGGAAAGCUGACAUAACAAUUUGCAGAUGGUGAAAAAAAGAAAAAAUUUCCUCUUCUGUAAUUUAAGUAAUUAGGAUGUUAAAAAGUUGUGAUGAGAUUCCAAAUAAGUUGUUGGCUUUGGUUAAUGCAUUCACUUUUAAUGCAAUCACUAGGGUAUUUUAGAGCUAGUUUCACUUUCUCUGUGUCUUAAAAUUCCACCUUUUUAGUAGUAGUAAAUUGAUAAUGGAAUCAAAGUGAUUUUAAUAAA